AUGGCUGACGCAGAUUACAACCCCGAGGAAGCUGCCGAACUCAAGAAGAAGAGAACGUUCCGCAAAUUCUCCUACCGUGGCAUCGACCUUGACCAACUCCUCGACCUCUCUUCAGAACAACUCCGCGAUGUAGUCCACGCCCGUGCUCGCCGUCGAUUCAACCGCGGUCUCAAGCGCAAGCCCAUGGGGCUGAUCAAAAAACUCCGCAAAGCAAAGCAAGAGGCGAAGCCUAACGAGAAGCCCGAUCUGGUCAAGACACAUCUGCGAAACAUGAUUGUGGUGCCGGAGAUGAUUGGGUCGGUUAUCGGUAUCUACAGCGGCAAGGAGUUCAACCAGGUAGAAAUCAAGCCGGAGAUGGUAGGGUUUUACUUGGGAGAGUUCAGUAUAUCAUACAAACCUGUCAAGCACGGUCGGCCAGGUAUCGGCGCUACUCACUCUUCUCGAUUCAUUCCCUUGAAGUAG